CAUCGUGGAACUAGCGGAAUUAGCACGUUUGGACAGCCAAUCUUUCACGAAUCGUGAAAUUCGUGAACCACGAUUGUUAUUUUUAGGCUUCCAGUAUUAAUUUAAUUCCCUUAAUUUAACUUAAUUUUAACUAAUAAGUAUACAAUCCUAGCAGCAGUUCAUCAUGGCUUUAUUUACUAUGAGCAAGUCCCCGGAUUUGGGCUCUAAAUUGAUAUCCCUCGUGGUUCAGCAGGUGCGAUUCAGAAACCGACCUAAUUUGAAGAACCCUUUGCCCAUGCACUACAAUCGAAAGCGACUUUUUGCCGUCUGCGAGCCAGUACCACCCCCAAAUAAACCUGUUUGUGACGCCAUGCUGAAACCCAGCGACCAGAACAGUGUUUCAAUUGUUGAUGAAAAUCCAUACGCCUUGUUUUUAGCUGGGAAACUACGUCGCGACUUUACGAAGCACCCAAUGAUAGCUAUUUUCCACAUUGACUCAUUCACAGGGAGGGAAUUUGAUAGGAUAAGACUGAUGCUCCAUGAUAACAAUUUCCCAAUGGAAAUUCAACAAAGGGUGAACCGCCAAGUAACCGCUGCAGCUUUCAAAGGGACAAAAUGGGCACCCAUCAUACCACUAUGUGAAUCCAAAACGGCGUUUGGGUUUUGUAGCACGACGGAUGUGUCAAUGUUGAUGAAGAUGUUGAAGAAAAUGCCAGCCUUUAUUCUAAUCGGUCUAAUUUAUGAGAAUCGACUUCUUCAUCGGGAUGACGUGGACAAUUUGGUCAAAUUAUCCAACAACAUAGUUAACCUCCACUCUCAACUCUCCACCACCUUAAAUUUGCCAAUAAUGAACCUAACUCAAAAUCUUAUGAUUGGACAAGUCACGCUGACAAAUAGUCUUUCUUCGUAUACAAAAUCUCAGGAAUCGUCAAGCAGUUCAUCUGAUUCAGACUCGGACAGCUCCUCCGAUAGUGAUAGUGACACGGAAAGUAAAAAGAAGAUAUAGUCCAAUAGUAAAUAUAAAGAAUAAGUGUUUGAAUUUGUAGUCAUUUUUUAAGUCCCUUAAUGAUUAAAAAAACUUGUAAAAUAAAUUGAGUAACUUUAUGUGGAA